GGGACGCUACUUGCAUCCCUUAAUCUAGCUUUGCAAAUGAUUCUAACAUAACGUAUAUAUAUGCGUACACGAUAGACAACCCCAACCGGCCGACCCUCGUCCCCUCGUCGCCGGUCCAUGUGACUGUUGUCGAUGUGUAACUAUGAAAUGCGGGUAAAUUAAUGCUACAGGUGUAGCACUUGGCUGUUUUAGUGUCUGGCUCGCUUUCUGUCUUGUCAGACCGAGUUGUUACCGGCUGUCGUGCAGCAUGGCUGCCUGACAUCAGUAAUCAGCUGUGGGGAAAAGCUUGCAACGCCAUGGAAAGUCUACCACAACAUUUGCACUUCAAGGAGCUGUGGGGCGGAAAGGAUGUUGAUAUUGAACCUGGGCAGUGUUCCAAUCUCUUUGAUUCACCAUUUCCAUUUGGCAUUCCACCAGUCAUACCUGAUGUUGAGGAUCAGGCUAAUGAAAUUUUGGAUGAUAUUUGGGAAGGCUGUACCACACAUUGCCCACAGGGUUCACAGAGGUGCUUUUUGUCCGCUCCAAACAUAAACUCCUUGUUUUCGUGUCAUGUUUCAAUGGCCCCAUCAGAGCUCAAGGUCCUAAGAAAUCUUACUACAGGAACACUUGAAGGAUAUGAAGAGGUGUUUACAGAAGAAGCUGCACUGGAAGAUAAUGAACAAGUGAUAGAUCUUACCAAAGACUUGCUGACAGUUCCACCUGGAUUUGAAGAAGGCAUGACUUUUGGCAGUGAGCAACCUUCAAGUGAAGACAAGUUCUCUGUGCGCCAUGUGCUCAAUUUGGCCGACGUGCUGUCCUCUGGAGAGCCACAAGUCUCAGAAGAGUCCAGCUUAGAAGUCAAGCAAAUAAGUGACAGCCUGCUAAGCCAGACCCUGGAUGAUGCUGGACUGUUGGAGAACCUUCCAUUGGAGCCUGUGGCCAACGUUCUGAACAUCAGCAAUGUUACGAAUGACCGCAAUGUGUGUCUUGAGUGGGCUGAACAAGUGGACAUUUCCAAGCCCAUGUUGGAUUUCCAUGAAAAAGUGGCCGACCCUGCCUUCAGUUGGCCGUUUGAACUGGACACCUUUCAGAAGAAGGCCAUUGCUCACUUAGAAAACAGGGAUUCUGUGUUUGUGGCUGCUCACACUUCUGCAGGCAAAACUGUAGUUGCAGAAUAUGCCAUUGCACUCUCUCGACGUCACAUGACAAGGACAAUUUACACAUCACCUAUCAAGGCUUUGUCCAAUGAAAAGUACCGUGACUUCAAAGAAACCUUUACAGACAUUGGGCUUAUCACAGGCGAUGUACAGAUCAACAAGGAGGCAUCCUGUCUCAUCAUGACAACAGAAAUUCUCAGAUCUAUGCUUUACAACCAGUCAAAUGUGGUGGCUGAUCUAGAAUGGGUCAUAUUUGAUGAAUGCCACUACAUUAAUGAUCCUGAUCGUGGUGUUGUUUGGGAAGAAGUCCUCAUCAUGCUGCCAAGCCAUGUUGGACUUGUCCUGCUUAGUGCCACUGUACCAAACGCAUUGAGCCUUGCCAAUUGGAUUGGGCGUAUUAAGGAGCGCAAGCUGUACGUCAUUUGUACCACGAAACGUCCCGUGCCUCUGGAACAUCACCUGUAUUUCAAUCAGGAAACGUUUCUUAUUCUGGAUGCUACUAACAAGUUCCAGACUGCCAGCUACAUGAAGGCCUGUGCAAGACGGAAAGAAACCAUGAAGGCGACUCGAACAUAUGAUGACAAGACCCGGUACCAGGGUCUAAUUCAGCACCUUCGCAAGGCAGACCGGCUACCAGCAAUUUGUUUCACUCUGUCACGUCGUCGCUGUGAUGAAAAUGCCCAGUUAUUGCAAGCACUUGACCUGACUACCGCCGAGGAGAAGGGGGCUGUACGGCGCUUCCUGCAGAACAACGUGGUGUCCCGAUUGAGCCGUGCUGACCAACGGCUACCACAGCUACGCUCAUUGCGAGGCCUCCUGGAGGCUGGUUUUGGAGUUCACCAUAGCGGUGUGCUGCCCAUUCUCAAGGAGGCCGUUGAGAUGCUCUUCCAGCGUGGCCUUGUGAAGGUGCUGUUUGCUACGGAGACAUUUGCUAUGGGUGUCAACAUGCCUGCUCGGACAGUUGUUUUUGACAGCAUCCGAAAGCACGAUGGCAUUAGCAACCGGGACCUGCUGCCUGCUGAAUACAUCCAAAUGGCUGGAAGGGCUGGUCGGCGUGGCAAGGAUGAGACAGGCACCGUAUUGUUACUGUGCAAAGGAGAUGUCCCAGAGUCAUCACAGUUGCAAGCGAUGAUGCUUGGUCGACCAACAGAGUUGCAGUCACGGUUCCGUGUUACAUACUCCAUGAUCCUCAAUCUCAAGGCCCAGGCCAACAAGCGUGUCGAGGACAUGAUGAGGGACUCUUUUAGGGAGAACUCCAGUCAGAGUCAAAGCCCAAGCUUAGCUGAGCGUUGUGCAUCCUUGGAGAACGAGUUGAACUCACUGGCACCUGUUGAGUGCACGUCGUGUCAAGAGCUGCCAUUUGAGCUUCUGGAAGAAGAAGCUGCUGCACGAGUUGCUGCCUGGGAGCAUGUGCUGACACAACCUCAAGCUGCUCGUUGCCUGUCACCGGGGCGCUUGCUGCUCGUGUGCUGCCCGGAGGGACGCAACCUUCUUGGGACUCUGGCCUCCCUGGCGCCUCGGGAAAAGAGGCUCACACUAUGGACAUUGGCAGAUUCACAGCCCCAGUCAAGUGGCAAGGCAUCACUUCCUUGGCCACUGUCCAAGAAGAUUGCUAUCCCGGAUGCAGCUCUCAGUGUACAGGAGAUGACAGUCCCGUUCAGUAGCAUCCUCUGCAUUUAUGCCAAAAGCGUCAAGGUUGACCCCAAACGCAUGAUGCAGCCUCAGUGCAGAAGUGUUUUAGGCCAGGAGCUGCUUGAACUGGUGGAGGCACACCCUGGAGGUCUGCCAAUCAUCAAUGUAGUCAAAGAGCUUCGCCUUUCAGCUAUGGAAACUGUGGAACUGGUGAAACAUAGCCAGCAGCUUGAAGAGAAGCUGCUUCAGAGCCAGUGCCUUAGUUGCCCACUCUUUGAGAGCCAUUUCGAGCAGGAAUGUCGGCGACGGCGACUAUCGGAGGAGGUGCGAAAGCUGCAGCACCAGCUAUCAGAGGAAAGCCUUGCUUCCAUGCCUGACUACCGUAGCCAUGUUCUGGCUCUGGAGAAGCUAGGCUAUGUGGAGCCAAGUGGUACACUCACACUCAAGGGCCGUGUGGCACGUGCUCUCUCCAGCCAUGAAGUAAUGCUCACAGAGCUGCUGCUGCAGGAAUCACUGCUCACCCUGGGCGCACCUGAGGUGGCUGGCCUGUUCUCUUGCUUUGUCUAUGAGCAGCGCUCCAAUGCCGAGGUCGUCAUCCCACUCUCUAUGAAGGCAGCGGUGGAAAAAUUUGUGGAGGUUGCUCACAAGAUUGGUCGUGUACAGCGGGAGAGUGGCUUUGAUGAACCUGCUGAACAAUUUGUAGAGCAGUUCAGCUUUGGUCUCUGCAAUGUGGUUUACCACUGGGCUAGAGGCAUGCACUUUGCACACAUCAUGGAGCUGACAGAAGUUCAAGAAGGUAUUAUAGUCAGGUGCAUUCAACGCCUGGAUGAGCUUCUCAAGGAUGUCAAGACUGCUGCAGGUAUUGUUGGCAAUCCUGAACUUCGCACCAAGAUGGAGGAAGCAUCACGCCUGAUUCGGCGGGACAUUGUUUUUGCAGCCAGCCUCUACUUGCAGUGAGGUGGUCAUUGGUGCACAUGACAGCAAAGUGCUUAAUGUUACGGCCAUCAGUGCAGCAGAAGACAUGUGGCCGAUCAGCAUGAGGCAUCUGUCUGAAGACCUACCAAUAUUUGCAUUUAAGUAUCUGCAAUCAGUAAGCACAGAAGGGGGAGGAUUAAUUUGCACUGUUGUGUAAUGUAUAGUGUGUACGAGCCUUUUGCCAAUGAUUUGACUCCUGCAUGAGUGAACUGUGCACAGCAGUGGCCUUUUCUUUUUUUUUGCAUCUUUGUCUAUUUGGGUAUGCACACAGCGCAUUUGCUGUACUAACCUGGACCAGAGUUUAGUUCUGCUAAGCCACAUGGUGUUGCUGCUUAGGCUUAGUCGAUUAUUGGCUCUGAGGGCCAAUUAUUGGCUUCUGUGUAAGUGGACUGUACACUGCCAGUGGCUUUUUUUUAUUUUAAACUUUAUUUUCUUCAGCUGUGUCUAUUUGGGCAUGCACAUGGCACAUUUGCUGUACCAAGCUGGAUCACAGUUUAGCUCUACUAGCUGCAUGGUAUUGCUGCUUAGGCUGGUAGAUUUUAAUGCUUUUCUUGGAAUAAUUUUAUUUGGAGUAUACUUGGAGAUGCUGAGUGUCAGUUAUUUAAGUUAUUUGCUUUUGUACAAGUGUGGCUUGUUGCUCAGAUCCAGAGGGUACUGGCUGUUUUUCUCCACUGCCCUUAAUUUUGUACAUCCCUACACUCUAUUGCCUUUAUACAAAAAACUGUGAUACUGCAAAAAGUAGUGCUUGAUUGGCUUAGCUAAGCAAGCUGUUCGGGCCCGGUUAUGCCUCUUUUUUGUUUUUUAAUUUUAUGCCAAGAAUCUUGCCAUUAAUCAUUGAAGUGGCUCUAAGCCAGGUACAGCGAUUGGAAAGCAGAGGAUGUGCUCUGUGUAAAAUUUGGCAAAUAAGCUUGACAAGUGCCAAAAGCAGGCUGUGCUGUUCCUCAAGUUUCUUGCCGUUCCAUGUUUAGCGGUGUGCACCAAUAUUUUUCAUCUGUAUUCUGUAGUGGACUGGUGAUGAGAAGUGAUUGUAUAAUCCAACAGGGUGCCAUUGUAGCAUAUAUGGGCCUAAGUCACUUUCUAAGCAUUUCAUAAGAAAAUUUUCACUUUGUGUAAGCUUUACAGGCCAUGCAGCAUUUCACUUGAUGCUCUUGCUAUUUGUAUAUUGUGGCAAUGUUCAAGGGAUUUCCUUGUUUGUUGAGUAAUUCACCUUGCCAGAAAGAUACUGCUCAGGCAACACAUAUUUAGUGCUGCAUGUCUCUUAUGUGUACCUAGUAUUUAUAAUCAGUGUAAGCCAUGUUGUGCAUUUUGUUGACUGGCAAAUAAUUUUUAGCCAUUAGUAACCAUGCUUUUUGAGAGAAGCUUGGUGCAAGGGCACAAUAAUUUUUUUACUAUUUGUUAAGGUCUUAUUAAGAGGGCAUAUCAAGAAGUGACACUUUUAGCCAGAAUAUUUCUACCUGCCUUUUGUUUAGGCUGAAAAUGAAAAACUGCUUGUACUGAUGUCACUUGUUAGACUUAGAGUAAAUUUCAACAUUCUGAUUUGGUGCAUGAUCAAAAUAUUUUGCUUGGAACUCUUGAUGCCUUUCAUUCAGUGGUGCUUCCAAUAGAACUAUACAGUAGAGCUGGUUGACUGUGUAUAGCACUUGAUACUAGUGUGUAAAAUGUAAAAAGUAGAAGCAAGAAGGAAAGAAGAGAAAUUAAAUGGACUUUGCAUCCCUCCAGCUCUAUGAGCCCCUGUACUCUGCACACCACAUACUGCUUGCUCAUUGGUUGCUUAGUGUUAUUUUGAAUCACUGUCAGGGUGGAAUGAAUGUCAUUUGCCUGUAAGCCUAGACUAUGACUAUCUCUCCUUACAUGCACUUUAUAAGUUAUUAGCAGCAGCUGUUUUGUUCCCAAGAUAGAAUUUCGAUGUAUGGAUAAUGCCAGGUAUACACAUUGUAUUCUGUAUUUUGCAUUGUGUAUUUUAGGAAUUAGGCUGUUAGAGCGGUGUACUCGUUCUUUUUUUUUUUGUAAUAGUCAUUUGGACAACAGAACAGAAUGCCGUGACACCAGAAGCAUUGUCAUUAUGAAAUGCGUACAUUAAUUAAAUUUUUGCAAUUAAUUUGUCUAAUUUAUUCUAAUUGUUGUUAUCAUAUACUUAAUAUGAUAGAUUAUAUUGAGGAAAAGUAAUAAGUAAACAGGAAUAGGUGAACCUCAUCCAAAUGUUUUGGAAAGAAAUGUGAGAAAAGAAGUACUAACCGGGAAGUCGUGCGACCCGAAGUCAGUAAAAAUUUGGCUUACUUAACUGUGGUUGACAUCUACAUAACGCGAAGCGUUAGUGAAUCAUUACAGCACAAGACUCCAACAAGCACUGAGCUGGUGGGGCUUGAGCGAGCCAAGAUGCACUUUGUCAUUUUCCUAUUGCAUAGUGUUCUAAGAUGCCAAUGGGAAACCAAAAUGAAAUCGAGCUGGUGGGCGACACCAACAUAUAAUGCUGCCUGAGCAAAACAUGAUGCUCACAUUGCGCCGGCUACAGCAGGGUACGGCGGUGCGUUUGAGGUGUCGCCUUUUAAAAGCAUGCAGUACACUUCCAAUGGCACUAUGUGUGUCACAUGCACUAUCAAACAGACAGAUCAAGAUGCUUAUUGCAAGAGAGUUGACGGCAAUAGCUGUGAAUACGAUGUGCAAGAACCAGUGAAAAGAUUUGCUGGUAUUGGAAGAGCAAACUGAGUGUGUGGCGGGUUUUUAAUGUGGCAUGGGCCGGCGAGUACUGCGGGGAAGCUGCUGUGGCGGGUGUCUACUGCUCUCAAUCAUGCAUGCCUCAUUCCUUUUCUUGUUCACAUGAGCUGUAGUGGCCGGGAAACUGUACGGAAUGUACGGAAUGUUGGUGCUGAAAGAUUGUGUUUUCUGGGAGCGUAUUAACUGGGAAAAAUAUGAAGCACAACUGUAUCCAGUAAUUUUUGUGUUCUUGAUCGCAAACAUUAGCACCGGGAAAUCAUACGAAAGGGAUAAUAUGAACGAGGUUCUGCUGUAAUUAGAGGGAGUUCGCAGGAAAGCCGCACGUACAGUAAGUUUGUCAUGAAAAAACAAGUGGUGGUGUUUGUGAGAAAUGUUGCCUUGUAUGAUGAAGCGCAUAGACAAAAAAAGAGGAAAUUUAAAUUUAGUGAUGCCUAUGUGGUGCGCACAAAAAAGAUGAAGAUGACAGAAAAAGCGCGAACGGCCACACAAGGCAAGCAUGUGAGGAGAAGCAUUUGAUUGGCAGAGGUAUUAGCUGGUGUAGUGAGUCGGACUAACACACUCUUAGCUUGGCUUGUGUGGUAGCUCAAGCUCUUGUUGUAAUUUUCUCUCCUUUUUUGUUUUCUGUGCACGCGCAUGUGCCACUCGAUUGUGAUGUCUUCUUUGUUGUUCAUGCACUUGUUCACAUUAUAGAUGGUAUUUUUUGUGCUUUUGUUUUAUUACCAGCCCACCUUCCAUUCCCUCCUCUUUUGUUUUCUUGAACUCUUGAGUUAAAGAUUAAAGAAGCAUUGAAACACUUUUUGAACAGGGUAAGAAAAUGUUCCUGAUCUGUCUACAGUGCUGCUGUAGACAUGUGAGGCAAAUAUUAUUCUGCCACGUGCAACCGGGAGUGUACAAUCUCACAUUCGGGUCACUUGCUCUCCCCCAUGUCUUUUGAGGCUCGCCACUCUUUUUCUGCCUUAUGCCACGUCAGCAAUGACACUACAGCCAACGUGACGGCCUGCAGGCACCAGCCAUUGGGCAAGUGUCCACAACCAGUAAUUACUUGCAGAAAAAGUUUGUGCACCCUUACAGAGUUUCUUUUAAAAAAAAGGGGGGGGGGAAAGCAGUGAUAGUUAACAGGUCCUGCCUAUCCAGUCACCACUCCUUUGUUGCUCUCAGGCACCUUUGUCAGACACCAGCCUUAAAGGUUACCAUAAGUGCACUGUAAGAAGGAGAAAAAUAAAAAUGAUGUAGGCAAGCAAUCACUAUUGGCGCUGCCACAGCUAGGAGGAACCGAUAAGUUGAGGGAGAAUGAUAAGUCAACAUUGCGCUCUUUAUACCUAUUUUCAAAUUAGGUGCUUUUCAAAAUUUUCUCUAUGAAUAUAUAUUCAUAUAAAUGCAUCACACUUAUUCCAACAUAUUUCUCAGGUUGCAAGAAAAGUUUUCCAGUGUUUCUUGAGGAGGACUGGCACAUAUUUUCCAAGUUUCAGAAACUCUCCCACACGCUUUUCACACUACAUUAAAUCAAUACUAAAGUUAGACUCGAAACGCCUGACCUGGCAUCAUCUACAUUAUUGUGACAUUAUGACACAGUGCUAAAUAUGCUGACUCGGUAUAGCAGUGAGGCUAGGUAUGAUAAUGUUGCUAAUAAAACAAGGCCAACAAGAAUGCUGCAAGAAUUUCUUCUAGCUGUGCUCAUGCGUAGCAGACUCGUCAAUAACAGGAAUGGAGUGAGCCAGCAUAUAAAGACAUCAUGCGUAUAAAGACACUUCCUGCGUACUGAAACUGAAAAUUGUUUAUAGAAAAGUGUUCUAUAGUAAAUUAUUUGAGGUGGUCUGACACUUGCUGCUAUUUUUGUCUCAGGUUUAGACGAUUCGGACAUUCAUUUGCCAUACAAACACAUACACAAAAUAAAUAAAUAAAUAAAUAAAAAUAAAAAUAGAUGUAAAAAAGUCAGACAUUUACAGAGCAUGUUGUGUAGAUAUUGUGUGGACCUGUGGAAAUGUAUAUUUUUUUUAUGAAAUAUUCUAACGGAACUGUAAGUGCUUCUGUUUCAUACCACCAGUCUGCCUAUUAUAAAUGUCGUGCAAUCGCACCUCUAUUUAUAUGCAGCCUUAUAGAAAAAUAUAGGGCUUAUAGCAAGCAAAGUCAUAAAUAUUAAAAUAAACUUCCUUGGAGCAUUCUCUGUGUGUCUGUGUAAAUGCAUACAUUUUACAAAAUGUGUUCAUCAAUUUGCAAAUGAGUUGUGUUUUGUGUAGGCCCCUCACAACAUGACUGUUCAUAGUGCCUAUUAUAUGGUACUUUUUCUGAUCACCAGUCUGCCUCCUAUGAAUUUAACAUAAUUGGGCAUCUUAAAUUGCAGUCCCUGUGGAAAACAAGAAGUACUGUGAUUUUGGCUGUAGGCGUGCUAACUGAUAUGAUGCAAGAUCAUAUACUUCAGAGGAACACAUAUUGUUUAGUAGAAUCCCAGCGUAUGUACAGGCAGAAAAAAAUGUUUGCAGCUGUGCAAAGCCCAUGCUGUGUAUAUGGACAGUUUUCAUGUACUUUUCUUGUAAUAUGGUUGAGCCCAGUUACAACAAACCUAGAUAUCUUGAAUUGUGUAUGUUAAAUAAUCAAAAUAUAACAUUGAAGGUCGCAUGUAGUGGAGUAGUAUGCCCAUAUCAAACUCCAUCCAGCAGCGCAUUCAGUAUAUCGAAUGACGCAGAGCACCAUGCUCCUGCAAAUUUGAUUUUCCUUGGAACUUCCAAUUCUCUUGCUCUGCUUCAAGUGACAUCAUUCAUUUUCCUUAAUCGGAGACUUGCUUCAAAGGUGUAAUGCAUCUUGCUAUACUUGCUAUAUAUGUUAUACUCCAGCGGAGGCUGCGUAUGGUGUGGCUGAGCGCAGCCACAUGGGCCCUAUCUUGAAAGUAAUCUGCUGUGGGUUCAGAAUCUAAGCGUGCCAAGAGCUGAUAGCUUUGUGUGCGCUGUGUUCUCGCUGCUCAGUUCACGUUGAAGCGAGAGGCAACACGAAGGGCAAUUUGCUCGCUGUUGCUGCUGCUCUUCCUCACGCCAGCAUUCUUACAGCGAGCGUACGCGGUCAUUGAGUGAGAUAUGUUCAUGCUUGCUUGUGCACGCAAGACACCGUGCUUGUUAAUUUAGUUAGUAAGCGAAUAUUUACAAGUUUAUAUGGCCGAUAAAAUUACUAUCGUUGCUUCCUAUAGAUGUCUAAUAAUUUGCUAUCGCAAUUGAUGCUUGUCCUUUCGGGCAAAACUGCGACAUAUUGAACACAUGUUCAUUCAGAAUUCCUUGAAAGUUUUUGUCUUUGUAAGCUUUUGUUCCAUCAGAAGUUCCAAUAUGAUGGAACAAUACAGCAUUGUAAGGGAAUUUCACAGUGCAAGUACCACUCGUGAUGUGUGGGGUGCCACAGCCUGUGAAACAUGAUUGAAGAGCAAAUGACUUUAAAGCCAAGCACCAGUUUCAGUGGAGCAUAUGGUAUCAACAAAGUUUUGGUCUUUUUCCCACUGGUUAAGUCACGCCAAGCAAUGCCAAAUGAAUACUUGGGGGAAGCGAUAUCCUUCCAUCCAAGUACAGUAAAAGCUCGUUAAUUAGAAUUCCGCGGGGAUGCUACGAAAAUUGAAUUAUACAAUAUUCGAACUAAUGAAAGCCAGAAAGAAUUGCACGGUUAAGGCGCGUAUAUAGCCCGACGUGGCGUGAGCACUCCGCGCGCACGCUAACCUCACGUUAGCGUGAACAACGUCUAUACUUCGAAGCACUGGCGCAGCCAACGUAACCGGACGCGGCCAACGCGGUCUGACGUGCCCGACGUCGAAGUGGCUCUUGCUCCAUCCGCUAAAACCAUCCGCGCGUUCGUCGCGCCGACUGGCGCGAAGAAAAAAAAAAAAAAAAAAAUGUCGCAGUUUCGCCCGAAAAGCGAAGCACCGAUUUCGAUAGCAAAUUAGUAGAUAUGUAUACGAAGUAAGGAUAGUAGUUUUAUCGGCCGUAUAAAUUUGUAAACAUUCGCUUACUAACUAAAUUAACAAGCACGGUCAGUGGCACGGUGUCACGCGCGCACAGGUAGACAUGAACACAUCUCGCUCGAUGACCGCGGAAACUCGAUGAAAAAUGCUGGAGUGACGAAUCGCGGCAGUAGCAACGAGCGAAUUCACCUUCGCAGCUCUCGCUUCAACGAAAGCACAUCACAUACGAAGCUACCGGCACUACGCGCACUCUGCAAACAUCGCAGAUCGCUUUGAAGUGUCAUUUGAAGAUGAGGCCCACGCGGGCGUGCACUUUGUCCACGUCGCAAGUCGCUUUCAAGAUGAGGCGCCCGUAUGGCCGCGCCAAAACAGCAGCGAGCCGAAGAAGAACGUACCCCCCUUUCCUCCGCCUCACCCCCGUGCCUCGCGCGCGACAGGAGAGGGCGCGCAUCUGCCCCGCCUUCCUCGCUCGCGCACGCCAGAUUGAGCCGCGCCGGCUCGCCCUCGCAAGCUUUCGCUCGCACGUACUACAGCAUACGGCGCACGGUGACGAUCUUAUCGCCCUUGAGCUUCACACGGAACCUCGCGGGAGAGAAGCGACAUGCUACAGAGGCGUUGGCCAUGCCUGGCCAGGCGCGACGCGUAUGCGCGUCCUGCGCGGCGACGCCAGCGUCGCCAACGUGCUCCCGCGCACUAUCACUCUCCGCAUCCACGAUGGCGCGGAGUUCGAAUUAUCGGCGGCGGUGCGGAUUUCAGUGGGAAUUAGCGAGAUGUGUUACAUAUUGCUUUCAAUGCAUUGCUGGACGGAACACGGCGGCUACUUCGAAUUAUCCGAAAUUUCGAAUUGACGAGUUGUGAAUUAACGAGCCUUUACUCUAUGCCUUUACCAUAUGUUCAUGCAUUGGCGUAUCCAGAGGGGUGCUCUCCUGCUCCUUGACACAUUCUGGCUGACUGUAUUAAGCUUGCAGCAAGAUGUUUUGACUUUGCUUUAUGACAAUGGGCACAUUUCUAACGUCAUUGAUGCAAAAAAAAAAAUAUUUAUGUUAUCGGCAUACAUUGACUUGCGGUGAUGGUGUGCUGUCAACUUGUAGCAGAUGCCCGCUGUAUAAUGUGUGGUCUACAAUGUUUUUGAUACUGUGUGCGCCUAAGUGAGAUAAUGAUGCAUGUCCUGAAACAAGGUACCCUGUGUGUGUGUUUCUGUUGUGGUUUCAGAGUUGAAACUCAUUGCUACCAUUUUAUAGUGUGUAUGUCUGCUUAUAAGAAUGCUGCUUUAUGUAGCGCAGCUGGAAUCUGCAAAUAUUGUGCAUGGCAUGGUUUUGAACACCUAAAUUUCGAAUUCUUCCUAAUGGAAGUAUAGCGUUUAUUGCAGUCUAAAACCUGUUGAUCCCCGCACUUGUGAGGAAUUAAAGAUUUUUUUGCGGGCACAGGUAUAUUUUUUGUACUUGCUUUACAGCCAUGACUUGAUGUUUAUUUAUCUGUUGUAAACGCUACUGGCUGCAAACUUGAAGUGCAACAUGGCUUUCUAUUUGAACGUUUGAUGAGCAAACAUGGCGAUGGAAUUAAAGCUGAUAAAUUCAUGAA